AUGUCUUCUGCCCCGCCAACAAGUGGGCUCCGCCCGCAAAUAUGGACCCGAGAAGACCCCGAAUUCUUCAUCUCAACAGAUCCCAAAUAUCUCUCAGUGAAAGCCGUCAACGCAGCUUUUGAACAAGAUUUCGUCUACUGGGUCAAGGAACCCUUCCCAGAGGAUGUGCUAUCCCAGAUGCUCUACGGCUCCUUGAGUUUCGGAGUGUAUCGGUGGACCAAACCAGCGCAAACUGACGAGCCUGUCUCUCCAUCGCCAGAGGAUACAGAGCAGAUUGGACUUGCUCGUGUUGUUACAGAUGGGUGCUCGUUUGCUUAUUUGUCUGAUACUUACGUUCUUCCUCACUACCAAGGGCAUGGGUUAGGGAGUUGGCUUGUCGGGUGUGUUGCGGCCACAUUUUCGAAAGAGAAUAUGCCUUACUUGCGGAGGAUUAUGUUGCUUACUGACGAUGAGCGUAUGCAAGGUUUCUAUGCUAAGAUGUUUGGUGUGAAGGUUGUUGGGCGUGAGGAGAGGAAGGAUAUGGGGAGGGAUUUGGUAUUUAUGUGUGCUAGACCGCAUGCGCAGUCAUAA